CUCAGCAUCAUCUCUGUUGCUCAGACUGGUUUAUUCACCAGGAUAUUUAUCCAAACAGGGAUUCAGGAGAUCAUUUCUGACUGUGAUAAAUCAACAUGAGGACACACUGUUCAAUGAUAGCUGUCCUGCUGAUAGCAUCUUGUCUGUUUGAGACCUCUUACUCUGUUCCACAAAAACCUGGGACCUGUCCAAGCCCUCCAAUUCAGAAUCCAAUGACGCUAUACUGCAACAUUGACCAGGAUUGCCCGGAAGAUGAAAAAUGCUGCAUGCGUCGCUGCACCCAUCCUGUUGCACCAAUAAAGAGAUGUCCAGCCACAGGACUAAUGAUGCCAUGUAUAGAACAAUGCUCUACAGACAGUCAAUGCAAAAAAGGUCAAAUAUGCUGCUAUAAUGGGUGUGGACAUCAGUGCAUGACAAUACCAGUGCCACCAUGAUUUUGAGGUAG